UCCAGUUGGCGUUUUAUAGAAAAAUUCUGCGCAUAGAGCAAUACUGGUUGGAAUCGUAUUUUUUUUUGUUGUAACAUUUUGGGUGUUUUUGUUUGUGUUAUGCAUUUGUUAAUUAAAUGGGAUGCGGCUUAACGAAAAAAUGCAAAACGUGUAAAUCGUGAGCAUACAAGAUGAAUGCUGCACAACAACGGCUGCUGCUCCCGCUGCUUCUGCUGCUGCAGACGUCCAUUGUUGUUGUGCAGGCAAUGUGCCCCACAAAAUGCAGUUGCAAGAACAUUUCGGAAAAUAUACAAACGUUGCGUGUGCGCUGCGACGAACAGCAUAUUGUUAACUGGCAGGAGCUGCAAUUCGGCGACGAUGUGCACCUCAUAAGCAGCAUCAAUGCGAGCAAAAACGCCAUUGCUCAAGUCAGCGAAGAGGACUUUAAAACCUUUACGAAACUGGAACGCUUGGACUUGUCAUCGAAUCUGCUCAGCGAACUGGACAAACACAGCUUUGGCAGCAGCCUAGCAAAUGUGGUGCGCCUCAAAUUGGCCAACAACUCGAUCAGUCAUAUUUACGAAGGCGCCUUUGAGCUGAUGCCCAAACUCAAGCAGCUUGACUUGUCGAACAAUCCGCUGGCCUGCGAUUGCGGUCUAAUCUGGCUGAUUGCCUGGUCAAAUGCACGCGAUGUGCGCCUUCAUCCGGCACCCAAAUGCGAAUCUCCGGUGAAUUUUCGCGGUAUGCCGCUGAAAAAACUGAAAGUGGGCAUUGAUUUCCGUUGCGAAUCGCUGCUGCAGCCGCUGCUCGAAUUGGUGCCCAAGCAGAAUCAGAUUGCCUUUGAGGGCGACGAACUGCAGCUGAAGUGCUAUGCGCCCCGUGUGGCAAUUGGAGCACCGCGUGAAUCCGAGGAUUUGCCCACACGUGCCUAUGUAUUUUGGGGCUGGUCGGAUAAGAUACGCCAACAGAACUCCACCGACGACAUCAUCUAUCGCGACCCAACCAAAGUGUUCAACGAUGUCAAUCUGGAUCCGCGGCAUUCCACCGAUUCGGGCAUCUUGAGCUCGAUACUACGCAUUGGCAGCCUAACACAGAAUCACACUGGCAUGUGGGAUUGCACGCUGCGCAGCCAACAGGCGAAUCUAUCGCAAUCGAUAGUGUUGCAUGUGGUGGCCAAGGGAACGCUCUAUUGCGAUGCACUCGUAACGCACACCAACAAAGGCAGCUACCAUUGGCCACGGACAAUGCGAGGCGAGACGGUGCUGCAAGCAUGCGUGGAGGAGCCGAGCGAAUUAAGCAGCGAACGGAGGGCAACACAUGUGUGUGGCAACGAUGGCAAGUGGCAGCAGUUGAACACGGAGAGUUGUGUUUAUGUGAGUGAAACGACGCGGAUAUUCGAGCAAUUCGCCAAGGUGAAUUUAACGCUAACGAAGGGACAAAAUGCGCUGGAGAUUGCGCGACGUUUGCACAAUUUCACGCACAUACAAACGCAGCUGCACAAGAUACGUGAUCCGAUGGAUUUGGAGUACAUAGCGCGGACGCUGCUCAAGUAUUUGGAGCAACCGCUGGAGGCGCAUCAGCAGCAGGAGAUAAGCUAUCUGCUGAUGGACAUUGUGUCGCAGCUGUUGACGUUGCCGGGCAAACUGUUUGAGGCCGCACAGCGUGAACAACAAACGGGCCACAAGCUGUUGCACAUUGUCGAGGCGGCAGCGUUGCAUCUGGAGACGGCCACCGAGACGACGACGGAUGGCGAAUGGCGUCAGCGACAACGCAACAUUUUCGUGGAGUUCUUUAACAUUAGUCUCGAGCAAUUUGUAAGCAUGUCAUGUGUGUGGCUCGAUGGCAGCCUGCGUGGACUGCAGUGCAAUAGUGCCAACGAUACGAUUCCAAUGUACGAACACGGCGACAUCGAUGCGGCAAUCCAAUUGCCACAACAGCUGCUGCACGAACUAACGAAUGUGAGUGCAACGAGUAAUUUGCGAUUGAUGAUAACGCUGCAUCGCAACGCGAAGCUGUUGCCCGAACUCUUGAACGCCACACAAACGUUAUCCUCAGCCAUCAUUGGAGCGCGUCUCUACAGCAACGAAGGAGAGCUACUCGAAGAGCACCAACAUUCGGAGCAGCAACAACAGUCGAUGCUUGAGGAAGAUGUCUACCAGCAACGCAUCACAAUAAUGCUGCGUGCACAUCCGUAUCACGAUUCGUUGAGUGCACCGCAGCCCGCCUGGUGGGAUGCCGAAGAACAGGCGUGGAAUACACGCGUCUGUCAGCAACAUUAUCAGCAUCGCACACUCUUAAUGUUCAGCUGCAGUCGCAGCGGUUACUUUGGCCUGCUGCAGCGUACCGCUUACCUCAAUGACUAUCGAAGUGAACUGGCUGGAGCGAGGUUUCGUCACGCUCCUCUUGCUGUUUAUGUGGGUUGUGCUGUGCUGUUUGCCUGCGCCUGGUUCAACAUUGUCACCUUUGUGGUCUUUGGCUGUGCCAUACGCAUCAAUCGUGUGCAACGUCAUGCUUUGGUCAACACUUGGCUGGCUCUCGCUUCGCUGUGCUUGGCCUUUGUGCUGGGCAUCUAUCAGACAACGAGUCAGCUGCAUUGUCGUCUCUUUGGACUCCUCCUGCACUAUCUCAGCCUGUGUGUGCUGCUCUGGUUGUGCGUCAGUCUGAGCAGCAUGUACAAACGGUUGAGUAAAUCAACGACAGCCACUUCGCUGCCACAGCACACGGCAACAACGGCCACAAUGGCAGCCUCGCAGCUCGGAGGGAUUGCAGCCGGCGCUUCACAGGAGCCGCAUCAACGGAAACCUAUACUCGGCAUCUAUCUGGUUGGAUGGGGCAUUGCUUUGUUGAUUUGCGGCAUCAGCAGUGCUGUGAAUAUGUCCGAGUAUGCAGCUUAUAGCUAUUGCUUUUUACACAAUGCAACCACGUUGAAUGCUUUGCUUGUGCCCGCUGUUAUACUCUUGAUAUUCAGUGGGAUUCUGGCGCUGUGCAUUUACUAUCAACUCAGCCAGCAGGCGGUGAAUGUGCUGCAACAACGAGAGCAGCAGCAGCAGCAUCAACAACAGCUGGGACAGCGACAGUAUUCGGAUAACAACACUCAGGCAACGGAGCACAUCGAUUUGGAUUGGCUGGAUGCGAAUGGUUGUGCCACAAAGGAGGCAGCGCCCAGUUGCUCUGCGUUGCAGUUGCAACUGCAGUUGCAGGAACAAUACAGCACACUGAGCAAUCCGUUGAGCAGCAUCGUCGAUGAUUACGAACGUUCGAAUAUGUCGCAUCUCCGUGGACAUCUCAGCUUUGUGGUGCUCUAUGUGGCUGCAUGGAGUUCGGCGGCGUUGUAUGUGCACAGCGAGGAGCAGCUGUAUGUGAUGUGCUUUGUGGCCAGCUGCGUGGUGUUGGGACUCUUCCUGCUCCUCUUCUACAAUCUGACGCGCAACGAUGCGCGACAAGCGUGGACGCAACAUCGCUUGGCGCGUGUCAAUCGGAUGCUUGUUGCCGGCUACAACAAUGGAGCAGCAACAACCGGAGGAGGAGGAGUUGCAAAUGGAGCUGGAGCGGCAGCUGGGAGCAGCGGCGGCGGCGGCGGUGCUGCCAUGAUUAGCAACUCGAUUGUGGCCUACAAAGCGACGGCAGCAACUGGUUCGCUGUAUGAGGCAAACAAUUCAACGGGUUCGCGUUCGAAUAGCCAAUGCAGCAACAAACAACGCAGCAGCAGCGCUCGAAGUAUGCGCAGCCAAACACGCAGCAAUGGCCAAUUGGAUUGCACCACGCAGCAGUUGUUGAGUGCUGCAUCUGGUAAUGGCAAUAGUCAUGGCAUCACCAUCAUCAAUAACAGUAACAAUGUUGGAAGUCUGGGGGCCACAUCGUUGCUGCAUGAGAGCAGCAUUCCCAGUGCUGAGCUCUUCUACAAUCCCAAUCAGAUCAAUGUGGCCCGCAAGUUCUUCAAGAAACAGAAACGCCUCGCGAAGCGCAACAACUUUGAGCUGCAGCGUCAGGCGUUGCCACAAACGUUGCACAGUCAGCACAGCUUGAGCGAUGCCAGCUCCGAGCAGCUUUAUGCCCGGCAUCACAAUGCGAUGACUUUGCUUGCCGGUGGCAGCAAAGUGAACAAUACGAAUUUGCAUUAUCGCAAAUCUCCGACAGCGCUGAAGGAGGCGCCCACACAGCUGGAGGCGUUGCAGUAUAAACGUUGUUUUGUGCCCACCACAAAGAUUCUCCAGGCGAACAUUUAUACAAACAUACCGGAGACAUUGACGCCACAGCAUGAGGUGAUUAAGCUGCGGACGAGCGGAGUGCGAACGCCUUCGUUGUUGGAUGAGACGCUGCAUGAGCAUGAGGAGCAUGAGGAUGAACUGUUGACCACGCAGGAGGAUGACGAUGGCAGUUCGUUGGAUGAGCAUGCUCCACUCUAUGCCAACACAAUGCCAGUUAGUACGGUGGAAAUCUUUCGCAGCAACAACAACGGAGCCACAACAUCAACGCCUGUGGCCAAGAAGCAGCCAAGUUUGGAGGCCAUGAACAGUUUGGGUUUGCCGGAGGUAACAACUCCAAAGCAGACGCAUCUCAACAGCAGCGCAGCGAGUGAAGCGCUUAGUGUGGCCGAAGAGUCUCCAUUGCUGCAAAAGCAUGAGGUUUAUGUCUCCAAUUCACUGCAGGUGACCAACAGCAUUCGAUUAGAGGAUGAUUUCCCCAGCGUGCUCAUUCGCUACAGUCAACAGCAGCAAUCGAAAUCGUUGAACAACAUUAGCGAUAUGUUGGCAACGAAUGGAGAAGCCGCUUCAGCUGGCGAUUCAGCUGCUGGAUCAGGAGUUGCUCUUCCUCUCGAAGGCAGCGCCAAUUCGUUGCAGAAUCUGCCACAGUUGCAGCAACCGUUGCAAGUUGAUGUCGCCGCGCAUUUUCAGCUGCCGAAUGGCACGCGUUUGCUCUCGGCGAGUCCGACGAACGAGAGCGAUCUGAACUAUCAGAAUUCGGAGAUUAGCAUACGAAGUCACGGUUUGUAUGCGCCACAGGCGGAUAACGAUUUGAAUCUCACGCUCACUGAUGAUUUUCGCUGCUAUCAAUCGUCGAAUGCCAGCGAUGCGGAUGUCGACAUCCUCAACGAGUUUGACGAUGAAUUUUUGGCCACCAACGAACCGCAUUACAAUCAUCAUGUGGCGCUGCUUGGCAAUAGCAACAGCAACAGCAAUAGCAAUAGCAACAGUGGAGCUGGCGAAGCUGCUGCCGAACAGCAACCCGACGAAGAUGAUGACGAAGAUGAGGAUGAAGACGGAGAUGUUGUGGGGAAUGUUGCCACGUCUGACGUCGGCGAGUUGCAGCACGAUGACGAUGAAGAUGAGGAGGCCAUGAAUCAUUCAAUCGAUGAGCUAUACGAAGCCAUCAAAUGCCGCAGUCCGCUGAAGAGCUGCAGACCCACACAGUUGCCGCCAAUGCUGGCGGAGACGAGCAGCAGCAGCUCGGAAAGAUUACGCAAGACUGACACAACAGCAACACAAUCAACAACAACGAUAACAACGAGUGGAGCAGCUGCUGAGGGUGUGAAUCUGAAUGAAACUGUCGAGGAUGACAGCAGCCAGAGCAGCGUCAUCUCCUAUAUUGAUCCUAGAGCCAGCAGCGAGCAGCAACAACAACAACAUAACAAUCCCAGUUAGCUGGACGACAACUAGACUAGAGCUGCAGAUGCGAAUGGAAAUAGAGAUACAAAAGGAUAUAAAGAUGCAGUUGUAGCUGAAGAUAUAUAUAGGAAGAGAGAUGCAGAUAGAGUUACAGUUGCAGAUACAGAUACAUAUGGAAACAAAGAUACAGAUGCAGUUGCAGAUACAUAUGGAAAGAGCAAAGCAGAUAGAGAUACUGAUGCAGUUACAGAUACAUAUGGAGAUAAAGAUUUAGUUGCAGUAGCUGAGACAUAUGAAACUAGACAUGCAAAUAGAGAUAUAGAUGCAGAUAUAGAAACAGUUGCAGAUACAUUUGGAGGAGAUAAAGAUGCACUUGCAGUUGAAAAUGCAAAUGAAGGAGAUACAGAUACAGUUGCACACACUUAUGGAGAUAAAGAUGAAGUUGCAGUUGAAGAUACAUAUGAAAAGAAAUAUGUAGAUAGAGAUAUAGAUACAGUGGCAGAUACAAAUGAAGAUAAAAAUGCAGUUGCAGUUGCAGUUAAAGAUACAUAAGUAAAUCGAGAUACAG